AUGUGCAUUUUAUGUGACUUUCAAUUUUAUUAUAAACAAUUACAUCCAGAGGAUGAAAGAAAACAAACUUCAAUUGAAGAGUGUUUUAAUUGUCUUACACAUAUUAUUGGGAUUAUAUUUUCAUUAUUUCAAUUGAAAUCUAUGUGGAGGUUAUGUAUGAAAAAACAAUUAGGCGAAAUUAAAAAAGCAUCAGUUAUUUCUUUUUGUAUUAGUAGUUUAACUUUAUAUAGUAAUAGUACAAUAUAUCAUCUUUUUAACUUGAUAACUCCACAAAUGAUUGUAGUAAGAUACAUAUUCCAAAGACUUGAUCAUAUGACAAUUUAUAUAAUGAUAUUAGGAUGUUAUGUUAGUUUUAUAUUAUCUCGAUUAUUCGAUAAAAAGUAUUUUAAGAUUGGAGUAAUAGCAUUAUUUUUAAUAGGUAUGAUAGCAAUUACAGGGUUAAUAAUCACUGUUUUUGUUACUCCAUCAUCAGGUAUAGGUGUAAUUUUGUAUUUGUCAAUGGGAUUUUCAUGUUUGUUAGUUGCUCCAGGGUGGUUUUAUUUCUGUCCAAUAUCAUUAUUACUUUGGUUAUUAACUGGAGGGGUUACUUAUUAUUUGGGGACAAUAUUCUUUUUAUGGGACAAAUUAGUUUGUUAUUUUAUGAUUCCUUAA